GUAUCGGUCGGAUGCAGGCCAAGUCUCUGGGGAACCUGUCCAGUCCGAGCGGUGAGGACCUCCCGCUGCCCCGUGGUUGGACGGUAGACUGGACCAUCCGAGGCAGGAAGUACUACAUCGACCACAACACCAACACCACCCACUGGUCCCACCCCCUGGAGAGAGAGGGUCUGCCCCCUGGCUGGGAGAAGGUGGAGUCGGCUGAGUUUGGGACUUACUACGUGGACCACAUCAACAAGCGGGCGCAGUAUAGACACCCCUGUGCCCCUAGGUAGGCUUUUAGAGUCGUACUGAUACACACCACAUCUUCGUAUCGUUUUUAAAAAAAGUGAGGAAAUGCAGACUUCUCUUUCCUUUUUUUUUUUUUUACCAAGCAUUUGUUUUUGAUAUCAUAACUUGACUCCUAACCCUCUGUCCAUACUCACUGUCCAACCCCCUUCCUCCUGGUCCAGCAUACCCCGCUAUGACCAGCCCCCUCCGGUUGUAUACCAGCCUCGCCCCGCAGAGAGGAACCAUCCAGUGCUGGUGCCAGCCAACCCAUACCACACUGCAGAGAUCCCAGACUGGCUACAGGUGUAUGCCCGCGCCCCGCUCAAGUGAGUAACAUGCAGCUGGCUUUCCUCCACAUAUCUGUGGGGGGGGAUUUACCCCAGUGCUUGUUUCCCUGGCUGAGGCAGUGGGGGGGAACCCUGGGGUCCUGUGCUGUUCUCGGGACACUUCCUCAUAACUAAAGAGCUUUCAUAGAUUAAAUAUCUUGAAAUAGCUUAACUUAAAAAGGUAUAGUGUUUAUUGAUUUUGUGAUUGCUAGAUUAGAGGUUGUUCUUGUUACCUUUUACCAUUGCUGCAUUAUUGUAAAGGGCGUUUACUAUUGCUGCAUUAUUGUAAAGGGCGUUUACUAUUGCUGCAUUAUUGUAAAGGGCGUUUACUAUUGCUGCAUUAUUGUAAAGGGCGUUUACUAUUGCUGCAUUAUUGUAAAGGGCGUUUACUAUUGCUGCAUUAUUGUAAAGGGCGUUUACUAUUGCUGCAUUAUUGUAAAGGGCGUUUACUAUUGCUGCAUUAUUGUAAAGGGCGUUUACUAUUGCUGCAUUAUUGUAAAGGGCGUUUACUAUUGCUGCAUUAUUGUAAAGGGCGUUUACUAUUGCUGCAUUAUUGUAAAGGGCGUUUACUAUUGCUGCAUUAUUGUAAAGGGCGUUUACUAUUGCUGCAUUAUUGUAAAGGGUCUUUGUGUUUUUAGACGAGCACUAUCCAAAUCCUAUGUAUUAUUAUGAUUACAACCAUUCAGAACUGCCCUGUGAGGAUAUGGACGGUGAGGAGGUAGACAGAAUGUUCAGGUAGACAGGAUGUGCCACGGUGGUGGAGUGUGGACAGUGAGGAGGUAGACAGGAUGUGCCACGGUGGUGGAGUGUGGACAGUGAGGAGGUAGACAGGAUGUGCCACGGUGGUGGAGUGUGGACAGUGAGGAGGUAGACAGGAUGUGCCACGGUGGUGGAGUGGACAGUGAGGAGGUAGACAGGAUGUGCCACGGUGGUGGAGUGGACAGUGAGGAGGUAGACAGGAUGUUCAGGCAUUUCACCUCUGUCUUCCACCAGGUAUGACCACAUCCUGAAAUGGGAGCUGUUCCAGCUGGUGGAUCUGGACACGUACCAGGGCAUGCUGAAGCUGCUCUUCAUGAAGGAGCUGGAGCGUAUCGUCAAGUCCUACGAGGCCUACCGCCAGGCCCUGCUCUCGGAGGUGGACCACAGGAAACAGAGGCAGCAGUGGUCCGCUCAGGCCCAGCAGCAGCCGGGCAAGAACUUCACAGGGAACAUGUGAACUGGGUCGUAUUCACUAGGAAGCAAAUGGGACAAAAAAAAAAAGGAGGUACCUACCUGAAUUUGUCCAAUAAUAAACCAGUUGUUGUUGCUAAACAGUUUGCUACGGUGUGCACUAGUGAAUACGACCCUGAACUGACUGGACUGGACGGAGGAAUGGACCCUGUGGCUAGCUGGAUCUGGGACUUCAAGGACUCUCAUUCUACACUAUUCAUAAGAAGUUCAGCCCGGGUGAACCGUUGUCCCACACCUCUGAGGUUACAAUGGUAAGGAAGCUCCGCCCCUGUGCCUGGCUACAACGCCCCUCUGAGGUUACUACAAUAUGGAGCUCUACCCCUCUGAGGUUUUGGCCUCGUCCACUGAGGUUUCUACCCUUGGGAGCUCCACCCCUUAGCCCCACCCCCCCCUCCUGUGAGGGUCAGACAGCAAAGAGCUCCACCCCUUUUGAGGUUUUGGCCUCAUCCACUGAGGUUUCUACACUUGGGAGCUCCACCCCUUUUGAGGUUUCUACAUUAGGGAAGCUCCGCCCUCUGGCUUUGUUUUC